CCGUGAGCUUUUGUAGGGAAGUGAAGUGAGAGAAGGUACAAGGAUGAGGGUUUCUGUAAUGUGGCAGAGAACGAGAUUGAGCUCAAGAUGUAGGGAGCUUCGCUGGUUCUUCUCCGCAGCUCGACCUAGUAAUAUCGAAGACGAAGGUGAUUGGUUUUACGCUUCCGAAUGGUGGGGAACAGACUCAGAUGGACACACCGUUCUUCGGUCCAAUUCCGACACAGGAAAUGGUGUUGUGUCUGUGGUUGCGUAUCCUUCUUCCAGACCGGGUGCAGUUUACUGGCCAGAGACUGAACAAUGGCUUCAGCAAAGGUAUGCGCAGGUACACCCAGAGCAUGAAAGCAAUGUACAGUUUACAAUUCUCGGCUACCAAUGGCGCAUUCUUCGCUUUAAUGACACCACUCGCCAAAGCACAGUUAAAUUAAUGGCUGCAUGCCGGAAAUCAGACCCUGCCUCUGUAUACUUAAUGCCACAGGCACAUUGUUUGGCUGUUCCAUAUUUGAAAAGUAUGGUUUCAGUUGGGUUGGCUACCUUAGCAUCUUGCAAUUAUAAUCUGAUGAGUGCCAUCGAUGGAAAGAAAUCUAUGCGCAUUCUGUGUGUGGGUCAUGGUGGAGGAAGUCUACCUUUAUUUUUGGCUAGUAAAAUCUCAGGGGCAAUUGUAGACAUUGUUGAAAUUGAUCCUCUUGUUAUCUCGGCGUCAAUACAGGCAAUGGGUUUCCCAGCUUUUGCAAGGAUGAAACCAUCAGGUGAACGUGCACUUCCAAAACCAACAUUCACUGAUCAGGUGCUCUGGAAAGGAGUCCAUGAGAGGCUCUUCCUCUAUGAAUCAGAUGCAGAAAAGUUCAUUGUUAACAACUCCAAUCUCUAUGACCUUGUCUUCAUUGAUGCUUAUGAUGGCGAUGACACCUUUCCUCAUAAGCUUUGGGACCCACAUUCACCGUUUCUUGAAGCCCUCAAGAGUCGGCUCCAUCCUGAUCAUGGCACUGUUGUGGUGAACCUCCAUGCAGACUCUGACAUCUUGAACCCAGACGGUAGUACUUCUUUCUUUGAGCAGCUUUUUCCAAUGGGGAAGUAUGUGUCACGAGUCUGCCAGGCAUACAAGGAUGUGUUGACGGAUAGCGGAAGUGACUUUGAUGAGAGGCACUCGGGGUUGGGUUUCAUUGUUUCAGUUCCUUGGCUCUGCAAUCAAUCCCUUGUUGUGUGUAGAAGUUUUGGGAUGGAUGUCUCAGACACAAAUUUAGUUCUGAACACUCUCAUAUCCAAAUGCCUUGAAUUGGAAAAUGCUCUGAACUUGCCAUUCUCAUGUGUACAAUACAUAAAGAGAGGAUUUGUUUUGCUUAAUUAAUAAUCAGAUACAAUAUACACAGGAUCUCAUGUACAAGAUUGGGGAAACUUUAAAUGUUACCAGCAGGUUUGCACCAAAGGUUAAACAGAAGUUUUGGCUCAA